ACCACAAGAGAAUAAUAUAGACGCAGAGAUCAGAGAAUCGGCCACCCGAGGGAAGUUCUUCAGUCAUCGGAGGCAAAAUCGGAGCUGUGGGCUUAACUCCGCUGACAUAAGCAGUGCGGCCUGAUUGGCUGGCGGGCCGACGCAACGUUCCGUCUUCUCAGUACGCUGUGUGCUUGCACCGUACAACAAGACAAGCAACCCUCAAUUCCUUCCUUUCGUUGUUUUGUUGUCGCAGCAAGCUUGUCCUCAUCAUGUCCGCCAGAUACGCUUUUAACAAAUCUCUCAAGGAACUGCGGUUCCUCUUCUGCCAGACCUCAUCGCACAGCGAUGCUACGAGAUCGUUUCUGAACCGCGCAUAUCCCACCAUGAAGAAAAAUAAUCCCUACGUGCCGAUUCUCAUUCGGGAGGCGUCUGGCACCGAGCCACGGGUGUUUGCACGAUACGAGCUUGGCAAAGAGAAACAAGAGCUUCUGUCCGGCUUGACAGAUAAAGAAAUCGAGGAGAAGGUCACAAGCCUGGUGAAGCAGAGCCUAUAAUGUAUAACAAACACUCGAGAAAAGGAAUAGAGUAGACGAGAGAUAGUUCUGCCCUUGGAGACGAUUCGCUGGGCGAGGACGUGAAGAGAGGUGCGGCGUUAUGUAUGUAUAUUAAAUGCGAUAUGGGAUUUUGGCAGGAACGUAUCGUAUUAGCUUCAGAAUGUACUGAGGUUUGGUUCGCUGCACUGAUGAGUUGACAUUGAUAUUCUACAUGGCUAGAUUUGAACAUUUCAAUUUAAUCUCAAUACACAUAUGUCAACCAUCAAUGGAUGCAUGAAACGAUACCAGAGGUUGAAUGCCCAAUUGCUGCGUUUAGUGAAUACGAUGUUCAAAUACUAAGUAUUUGAUUUAUUUG